GUUAGAAAAUCAAAUUAUAUGUUGACGAAUGAACAGUGGUAAGCGGCUGCAAGUACUCAACUCUCACAUUUCUGGUGGUCUUCACCAAAACCCUACUGCGAUGGCGUCCGAGAAAGACGCCGCUCUUGCAGCCGUUCCCUCCGAUUCUCCCACUAUUUUUGACAAGAUCAUUAACAAAGAAAUCCCAGCAAAUGUUGUUUACGAAGAUGAUAAGGUUCUUGCAUUCCGGGACAUUGCUCCUCAAGCACCAACACACAUCUUGCUUAUUCCAAAAGUUAAGGAUGGCUUGACCGGUCUUUCUAAGGCUGAGGAGAGGCAUAGCGAGAUUCUUGGCCAUCUUCUCUACACCGCAAAGGUUGUAGCAAAGCAAGAAGGUCUUGAAGAAGGGUUCAGAAUUGUCAUUAACGAUGGCCCAAAUGGAUGCCAAUCUGUCUACCACAUUCAUGUUCACCUACUCGGGGGACGCCAAAUGAACUGGCCACCUGGCUAAUCUGGCACCUGCCCUCAAAGCCUAGCGGUUCCGAUCAUGUCUUUUCUUGUUUAAUGCUAAACUUAUGAAGUGAACUACAUAGUUAUGGGUUUAAGUCUUGAACCAAAUAGCAGGUUCUUUGAACUAGUGUCAUUGUUGGCAAACACAUAUUCUAUCUCAUAACGAUAAUAAUGCUAGGCUGUGAGUAUUUAUUACCAUGGUUGUUUGUGAUUGGCUGCUA